AUGGCCCACUCAACAAUAACCUCUUGGGAGUUUCACAAGCUGAGCCACGUGGUGGGCAUCCUUGGUGACAGCUCCAAACAAGGAAAGAAGCUCCCUGGGGCCCUCAGGUUGGGACAACACUCACCAGGGAGGGAUAUAAAAGCUCCAGAGGCUGACAGAUCCUCACUCACUCACUCACUCACACUCACACCCUCCUCCCAGCUCACCUCCGCUCCCCCCACCAUGGCUGCCCCCACCCCGUCCAUCUGCUCCAGCGACCUGAGCUAUGGCAGCCACGUCUGCCUGCCUGGUUCGUGUGAGUCUUGUACCGGCUCCUCCUGGAAGGUGGACGAGUGCCCCGAGAGCUGCUGUGAGCCCCCCUGCUGUGUCCCCAGCUGCUGCCAGCCCACCUGCUGUGUCCCCAGCUGUUGUGCCCCAGCCCCCUGCCUGACCCUCGUCUGCAGCCCCAUGAGCUGUGUGUCCACCCCCUGUUGCCAGGCGGUCUGGGGGUCCAGCCCGUGCCAAUCAGCCUGCACCAGCUCUUGCGAACCCUCCUGCUGCCAGCAGCAGGCCUGCUGCAUGCCCAUCUGCUGUGAACCAAUCUGCUUUGUACCGGUCUGCUGUGGGGCUGCCCCCUGCCCAUCCCCCACAUGCUGCCAGCCCCCUGCCUGCAGCCCUUCCUCCUACAGCAGACCCUCUUCCUGUGUGUCCCUGCUCUGCCACCCCGGGUGCCCCCGCCCAGCCUGCCGCACCCCCACCUCCUCCUUCUGUGCCCCCACCUCCUCCUGCUGCGCCCCCACCUCCUCCUGCGUGUCCCUGCUCUGCCGCCCCGUGUGCCCCCGCCCAGCCUGCAGUGGCCCUUCAUCUGGCCAGAAGCCCUGCUGCUGA